AUUUAUAAUAUUACCUUUGUCUAAUUUAACUCCUUAUAUAUAUCCACUUCGCCGCCUCUCUCUUUCAUUUCCAAUUAUCCGUCCAACCAUGACCACCGUCACAACCACUUUCCUCCUCCUCAUCUCCACCUUCCUCCACCUCUUCACCACCUCCGCCGCCCUUGGUGUCAACUAUGGAACUUUAGCCAACAACCUCCCACCUCCAGCCCAAGUAGCCAACUUUUUAAAAACAGAAACCAUUAUAGACAGCAUAAAAAUCUUUGAUACAAAUCCAGAAAUUCUUAAAGCAUUUGCCAACACAAACAUCACUGUCACCGUCACUGUCGGCAACGGAGACAUUCCUUCUCUAUCCAACGCACGCGCAGCUCGCCGAUGGGUAGCCAACAACAUAAAACCUUAUUAUCCACAGACAAAAAUCAACCUUAUAGCCAUUGGUAAUGAAAUCUUGAUGUCUGGUGUUCAAGAUUGGAUUGCCCAUCUUGUCCCUUGCAUGAAAGCAAUACACCAUGCGUUAGUUCUUGAAAAAAUAAACACUAUUAAAGUUUCAACACCACACACGUUAGGAAUUCUUCAUAAUUCGGUACCACCGAGUUCAGCCCGGAUCCGACCCGGUUACCAAAAACCAAUAUUUGCACCUAUGCUAUCCUUUUUACGAGAAACCAAAUCGCCUCUUAUGGUAAACCCGUACCCGUAUUUCAGUUAUGCACCAAAAGUGGCUAAAUACAUUCUUUUCCAACCUAACCGUGGAAUUCACGAUAAAGCAACUGGCAUUACUUACACGAACAUGUUUGAUGCGAUGAUGGAUGCGGUUUACUCGGCGAUUAAGGCAAUGGGAUAUGCCGACGUGGAAAUCCUGGUUGCGGAGACAGGGUGGCCUUCGAUGGGUGAUCCGGAUCAACCGGCUUGCACAGUGGAGAAUGCAGUGUCGUUUAAUGGGAAUUUGAUUAAGCAUGUUACUUCAGGGAAAGGGACACCUUUGAUGCCUAAUAGGAAGUUUCAGACUUACAUUUUCGCAUUGUUUAAUGAGAAUUUGAAACCUGGAACUACUGCUGAGAGGAAUUGGGGCUUGUUUAGACCUGAUUUUAGCCCUGUUUAUAAUGUUGGGAUUUUGCGCAAUCCGCAGAAAAAUCCAACAGUACCACAACCAACACCAACAACAGGAGGCAAGAAAUGGUGUGUACCGAAAGCAGAAGCUACUGAGCAACAAUUACAAGGAAACAUCGACUAUGUGUGCAGCCAAGGUGUAGAUUGCAAGCCUAUCCAAGCUGGUGGUGCGUGCUUUGAUCCAAAUAAUGUAAGAUCACACGCAUCAUUUGUAAUGAACUCCUUCUAUCAAACACAUGGCCGGAAUGAUUUCAACUGUGAUUUCUCUAAGACCGGUGAAGUCACCACUUCUGAUCCAAGUCAUGGAGGAUGUAAAUACCUUUGAGUGUACAAGGCAGGCAGCCAUGUAAUUUUAUUCGUGAUCUGUUGAUUCUUUUUGUUAUCAGUAAUUUAUGCAUUUAAUCAAGCUGUGAAGUUACUUGUAAUUGUAAUUGAAAUGUGCAGGGUUUAUACACAACAAAAGGGUAUAAUUGUCACCUCAUAAUGUAUUGAAAUUCCACUAAUUUCCCUUAACGCGUCUGCGUUUGCGUUUAUUUAUAGAAAGCUAAAGCAAGAGACAUUAAAGCUCA